AUGUUGAUGAUCCUCACACAUUCAUCGACCUUUACUUUUGCAGGAUUACUGGGGGUUAGUGAACCUACAUACGAUUUGUCUGUUGGAAUGCAAUUACAUUGUCAAAUAGUAAAGCUCAGGCUUUAUUAUACGAAUUUUACUGGAAACACUUUGAUUACCAUGCACUCGAAGUUUCAUCUUAUUGAAGAAGCAGAGAUGGUGUUUAGGCUAAUUGUGGAGAGAGAUGUUAUUUCGUGGAAUACUCUUAUUAGUGCUUGUUGUCAUUGCGAUGAUAAGUCUGAAGUUUUAAGUGUUUUUAGGGAGAUGGUGAUGGACACGAAUGUGAAAGCCAAUGAUUUCACUUAUGCUAGUGUGCUUUCUGCAGCUGCUGGUUUGGCUUCCAUGUGUCAUGGGAGGAAAGAGAAGGAAAAAUUUAGUGGUUGUUUGGUCGCUGAUGUGUUUCCGUAUCGAUUUUUGCUUUAG